CUGUUUGUUGAGCUAUAGUUUCUCUGAGAAACGUGUGUGUCUAAUGAAGGUUUUGUCAAGUUACAUCAGUUAUUUAUUUGCUGGGAAGAUUUUGGAGAGCUAAACAGACAUGAUGGUAUUAACAACAUGCAUGGAUGGUUCCUAAAACUUUUUAAAUCUGGAAGGCAAAACAAGAACAGCAAAGCAGGCGAUAAACCAGCAGGGGCUGCUAGCUUCGAAUCUAUAUCACCUUCAUCUGCAUCAUCAGAAAGAACAUCCGUUGCAAAACCACAGCAGUUAAGGACAGCUCUGAGUUCAGAGCUGAGAUGGAAACGGAAAUAUGACGUGUUUGUGUGCCACAGCUUCGCCCAGAAAGACAUUGAUGAGGCAGAACGCCUGGUUUCGUUCCUUGAGACCCCACCCCGCAGCCUCAGGUGCUUCCUAUGGCACAGGGACUCAUGUCCAGGAAGUGCUAUAUCCACAGAGUUUUGCAAGGCCCUGGAAAACAGCCACCUUCGGGCUCUGCUCAUCACUCCCAACUUUGUGCAGGAUGAUUGGUGCAGUUACAUGAUGCACCAGACCCUGGCAGAGAGACCCAUGUCCAACACGAUGAUACCCCUUCUUCUUGACUUGGCCCACUCUCAGUACCCACAGGAACUGAGGUUCUACUACUACAUUGAUCUGAGCAGGAAUCAUGACUACGGUUUCAAUGUCGUCAAUAAGACCGUACAAAGUUAUUUGGAGAAGUUGAUUCAAAGUGAAGAGAAACUGAACUACAGCUUGGGUGACUCAUCUGAAGCUGUGCAUCAGAUGGAAGAGACGACACGCAAGGAAGCAACAUGAUAUUGGUGCAAAACCCGGCAUCUUGCAGAUCUCAAGAUUUCUACAUGACCAGAAGGGAUGCAGCAGAGAGAUAAAAGCAUCAGAGACAUUUGCUAUGAUCAAGACUAAAAUAAAUCUAUGGUUGUGUAAUAAACACACUACUGCUGAUGACUAAACCCACAUUACGGAUACUUUUGGUCACUUCCUGCAGUGUUUUGAAAAGCUGUUUCACUCUAGGGACGUCUUUAGUCAUACUGGGUGGUGUGUUCAAGAUGUUCUCACACCUCAACACACAGUCAUCUUUGCAGGAAACUGUAACUUCUUUUCUUUGUCAGAUUUAAAAAAUGUUGUUUGGACAUGAAGCACCCACCCAUAACAAAUUCCUUUAAAAAUAAAAUCCACUUUUACACUUGGCUUGAAUUUAGAGAAAAGGUUAUGUACAGAAAUAUAUUUUUAAAAAUAGGUCCUCAGACUCAUCUCAUUGAAAUAUUUGGUAACACUUUAUUUGAAGGGGGGUGAA